CCCCAUCCCAUCGCUAAACUGACUUUCCACUAUCGUGUUGCUGUGCUAAUCAUUCUCGGCGGCGAGACUUCACCUCACUUCCUACGCGAGCAUUGCUAUACUACGCCUUGCCAAAGUGUCCUCACCCCCUCCCGCCAUUUCCAUUGCCUCGCGUGCUCGGUGCAAAGAACGACGUCGGUUUGUGCCCAGUGCUGUGCCCUGGCCCAUUGUAUCCCUAGUCUCGAAAACCAUUACGUGACGGCCGAUGCCGACCGCCGCUGUAUAGGCCUUGCUUCAGUCCCAACGGCAUUCAACGACACCUCCAACACCACCUCCAGCAACCCGCGAGAUAUACUAGACAUGGCGCACUCGAGUGCCAACCCGCGAUGACCUCCCGGCCCCCACUGGCCGUCUCUCAACGGCAGCCCCAGCGAUCUCACAGCGGCUCGGGGCUGUCGCAGAGACCUGCACACCAGCGCACCCUCUCCCAGCAAUAUCUGCCGCCGUCGCCCGUCCGCAACGACCUGGCUCCCGAAGCCGGUGAUGUCGUCCAGGGCCGUUAUGGCUCCAAUCCCAGGCGGGUAGGGUCCAAACUCAAGCUGGAACUGGCUAAUGACGGCAUCACCCACGCCGGCUUCAGCGAGUCCCCCUUGAACCUCGAUCCCCUCUCCGCCAACCGCGUCUUCACCCCGUCGCGCAUAAUGCCCCUCCAAGAGGCUUCAGAACUCGGCGACAUGAGCCCCCAUACCUCGCAGUGCCACACCGCCGACAACGAGUCAAUCCCCCUUCCCAUGCCGCCCAGGCGGGCGCGAUUCGUCGUCCCCAUCCCCCGACCUCAAACCACUCCCGCGCCCGCCCCUGUCAAGAAAGACACGAGACCGAAGCCUUUCGUCCUCGAGACCCCCACCGCUGCCCCACGAUACUCAAACAUGGGCAAGCAAGAGCCGUCAGGUUAUGCCGACUACUACCCAUGGAACGGUGACCAUCCUGAGGACCGUUUCUCAGAGAACAUUAUUCGAAACGGCUACUUUGACAGAGCGCCCCCACAGCUCCAGACAGAGAUGGCUUCGGCCAAGGCGCCUCUGUUUCCCUCGCUCAAGCACAAGAGCGGCCUCCACACGCUAUCAACAUUGUUCACUGGCAUCCUGAACCAGAGGAGACACAGUGGACAAAUCACAUCUACAUCUACUUUCAAGCCCCCGCCUCGAGUCACCCUCACGGAUACCAAACGAGAGGUCUGGCUCAAGGAUCUGGCUAACCCCGCGAUAUCACUCAGGCGGCUCAGCAGGACCAUCCCUCACGGAAUCCGAGGCAAGGUUCUACUCGAGCAAAGCCUCAAGAAGAAUGUACCCACCGAUCGUGCCGUAUGGCUGGCAAAGUGUGUCGGUGCAAACGAAAUCAGAGCCUUCAAGAGAAAAGGUGUAAAUAACACUUUCGUGAUCGGCGGGGAGGCCAAAUGGAUCAGGGAAUGGACCGCCUGCGUCGAGCAGUUUGUGGACACUGUCGUGAGUGCAUUCGGUGAGAACGAAUGGAAAGCCAAGGUCACAUAUGCCAUUCGACUCGCCACACACUUGUAUGCCGAACAUCUUCUGGAUCGCGAUCACUACAUGGAUUGGCUUGUAUCUGGCCUGGAAAACAGCAACCAGGCCAGACUGCCCAUGUGGAUCUUGACUAUACGGAUCUAUUGGAGAGAUCUGCUUCGGUCGAGAAGAACCGGGCGCCGACUGGUUACCGCCAUUCUGGGUCAUCAUACUGCUAUAUGUCAGCACCCGGAUCGCGAUAUUCUUCUACCGCUCUCUACUCAAUUAUCCUCUCUCCUUGAAUCUCUACUACUAAACAGUCCAGAAAGCUUUGUUCAUUCUUUCACGUGGGCAAAAUUUCGGGAUGCACUGCUUUCAUCGUUACCGAGCGAUGAUCAGGCUCAACGCCACGCAUUCGAGUCAAUAGAUAAGCGGAACGAAAGACUGACAAGAACGCAUAUCAAGUCUCAACCUGCGGUACGCGGUAUUCUGGUCAAAUUGCUGGAUACGACACUUCGAACACCAUUUAAAGAUGAUCUGGCAAGCCAAUUAUGGAAAGUCAGCGAACACAAACAUAGUUUGAUUCGAACAGUCCUCGAAUGGAGUAUAUCGCCAUACCGCCCCGGCAUCGCCAAGGUAUAUGUCACGGCGAGCAUCUUGAGGUUCUUCUCGGUACAAGGUGCCGACAUUACCGGCGCCGUUCUCGACUUCCUUGACACGGACCCACUUCGGGAAACUGACCGAAAACAUCUCGUCUAUCACCUUGUUUCAGAGCUGGUACGGACCGACGACUUUUCUGUUCCGAGAUAUCUCCAAUGGCUUAUUGCCAGGGGUGGCUUAGCCAACGCAGUGGAAACUUCGCCCGAUGGCCCCUGCCCCACGCGGCUCUUGGUCGAAGUCCCUAUACACGCACUGAGCGAAUCGAUACGGAGUUUGCGGGCGACAAUUCUUCGGCGGUCUAGCUUCUCUGUCGAAUAUGAGGCCGAGGACAUGGCAACAGCGAUCAGAUGCAUCAAGUACGCACUGUCUGUGCCGUUGGAACUAGAUGAUCCCCUGCUCCUGAAGAAGCCGAUGAGCAUCAGCAAGUUAGCCCACCGUAUAGAACGGAGUAGUCGCGCACUCCAGACAGAAGUCGGAUCUUGGCUCUAUAAUGGGUACAUCGGCGGAAUCGUGCGAAGCUUGUCGUCCGAGAAAAGUGGCGUCGACGACUCAAAUAUCGAGUUCGAUUCCGUUCGGGCCCUAUUGGAAGCCGCUCAGGACUACACAAUGCUCGAAAACGUGUUGAAGGCAUUGGCGGUAUCAUCUAACGCUGAACUCCUGGCAUCCUGCGCUGACACAGUCAACCUACAUAUUCAGGUGUUUGCUGCCACGGGGUCGGCGAAAUCACUGUUCCAAACUUUGUUGGAGCGUCUCAAGGCUAUCCGCGAACAGCAGGGCAUUGGAGCGCGUCCUCUUCUAGCGUCUUUGGCCAGUCUUGCACCGCGCAUUUGCGGUUUGGAGGAGGUAGCUACACAAUUACAGAAAGACCUCAUCAGAACCGACCGGACCAGCGCCGUUGAUGCUUCCUCGCCCCUCUCUGAUACCAUGGCAACACAGCUGCAGGACGACGAGACGGAACUACACGAGCAGAUCGAGAAGCUUGCCAGCUACACCAGUGCUGACCGGCCAACUAUGGAACGUCUCUUUCAAGCGAUAACUUUUCACCGCCUGCAAACAUGUUGGGGAAAACCCGACGAGCGACAACGAGCGUAUUGUAUCCUGUUGACCAGGUUACGGGUAUUCGACACUGGGUAUUUUGAUACACUGAUGAGGUUAUGGGUGCAGCACAUACGCAAGCUUACCCAUCGGCCCCCUGUUGCCCAGAUCUUUCCGCUGCUUAUGAGCUCAGGUUGCUUAUCAUUGGCUGUUUUGUUUGCUACAGCAUCGAGAACCCCAAUGCAGACGGCUCAGGGUCAGCCAAAUCCAGCCAUGUCCGCAUCAAUAUACAUGCAGGAAAUAUUGCAGAUGCUGAUGAUGCCUUUAUCACCGACACAAAUCAUGGCAUCUGAGGAUUGCUAUCGCUUCCGCAUUAUUCAAGAGCAAGCCCGACUGGAGAACGUAAGAGAGGUCAUGCCCCUUAUUCGAGGAGCUCUGGCCGAGUAUUCAUCUUCUCGUAACCAGAUCACUCAACCGUUGGAUGACGAGAAGACCAGAACACAGUUCCUGGAGCUGCUCCGCAGCCUCAUCUUGGUUGACUCGAAUGCGGCUGGUCAAACCCUGUCACCAAAGAGCCCCGACCCCAAACUUGCGAACCUGAUCGAAAGCGUCACCACCAGGUUGCUAACAUCUCGUGAUGGAGGAGGUCAGAAGACGUUCGAACAGGUUCUCGAGUUGGCUAACGAGUUCACCUUGCCUUUCUGCCAGGUAAAGCUUUCGCUGAAUCUCGCCGUCAGUGAAUCGACUGGGCCCGACCACACAGAACGACUCCAAUCGCAGCUGAUACAACUAUCCAAGGCAAUGGACAAUGCGAUAGAUGCGAACAACAUUAUGUGGACGGGAAUGCUGCCUUGCCUAAGUCCGGAAAUUACGCAGCACAUGAGAAACCGGGCUGAGGCACGGUUUCUGUAUCUGAUUCCCUCACUGAAGUGCGCAGUAACAUCAGAAGAGGUUUUUGAAAAGGACAUCCACAUGGCGGAAAACCUCUUGGCGGUAAUCGACUCCAUCAUCCGUGGUGCGCUAACGCCGAAGUCAUCACAAAUCUCGAACGCCAUGGUAGACAAGCUGGUCGAUUUGUGGGAAAUCUUGGCAACUACGAACGACGAAGCCGUUCCAUUAAAAACAGCGACUUUAUCACACUGGCUACCACUUCUCCUAUCCUAUCUCACCCUCAACGCAUCUACUGCCACGGCAACUACAUCGAAGCCGGCCAACGAUACUCGUGCCAGAGCUCUCCUUACCCUGGCCGGGCUUACUCAGGAGCUUGACCAUGCGCCGUCGUCGGACCUUUCGCAGCGCGCCUUCGACCUUGCCCUCGUCCUCGUGGACCAUCUCGCCGACGACGCACGUCUGCAGUGCGUUCGUGCCGUCAAGGACGUUACGGCGGACCCGCGGUUGCGGUACCUCUUCAGCUUCGCGCCGAACCCAGCUGAGAACCUGAUGCUGGCGCAUCGCGAGAAGCCGCCGCCUGGCCUGGGUCCCAACGAGAGACGGGCUUUGGCACUGGGACUGGGCACUGGCAUGCUGCCUGAAAGGUUGACUCCGCUUGUUAUGCGGCGAUGGGAGAUCCUCAAUGAACCAACGCCAAACGUGGGCGAGAACGACACGAGCCUGAGUUUGCAUCUUUUCGAGGCGAGGAAGAUCUAGACGAUCGCUGGAACCCUGGGAGAGAAGCACCGGUCUCGAGAGCAAGUUUCUAGUCCUGACGGAGAUGGGGCCGUGCGGUCCAAGCGGCGAAAGGUCCGGAGUCUCACG